AGAAACUUCGUCCAAAAGUGGUAAUUUAGAGUGCACGGAUGUGACCCGUGGGAACAUCUCCUACACACUUGUAACCGACCAUCGCGCGACUGCCAGUGAUUGGCUACCCCAUGUAAGUUAUGGAGGAGGGUACCAAGUCCAAAAAGACGGUUUUUGUUGGUGGGGUCGCAGAGGAAGUGGACGAGGCAAUCAUCUAUGAGAAUUUCUCGACAUUCGGAGAUAUUAUCGAAGUACAACUCCCUUCGGCGGCCACGAAUCCAACCUUACAAGCCGAGGCCAAGCACCGUGGCUUUGCGUUUGUCACAUAUAGUUCUGCGGCUGACGCCCAAGAUGCUAUCGACAACAUGGACCAGAAUGAACUGAAUGGCAAAGUUGUCAAAGUAAAUCUCGCACGUCCGAUGAAAGGAUUGGCGCAGUUGCCCGCAGGGAACAGAGCAAUCUGGGAAAACGAGGAAUGGCUCAAGGCCAAUUCAAAAUCAACUACAUCCGGCGCAGGUCUCCGCGGUCGAGAUGGCGGAGAUGCUGAACAGAACGGCGAAGAUGAUGACGCGAUGGAAGAAUAGUGUCGCUCGGAGUAGCGGCUGCCGAUGGAAUGGUCACGGGCGAUUCGGAGCCGUCGCAGAGAUUUCGAUCUACCAUAGGAAGUUGCACAAGAUCUUCACAUGUCUAGCUAGUGUGGGUGCCUGGAAUCUGGAUGGGGAUUCUCCGACCUGCGGCUCCGGGUUUAGAAGUCUCGUUGAUUGUGAACGUCAUUUUCUUCAAACUGUGCUCGAGCACGCUUGAUGUCCUCCUGCAUGAAUAGCAGCUCUUCCAUCCGAGCAAGCUUCUUAGCAUCAGGUGGUCGA